CUAUUUUACUAUUGGCACAUUAUAAUCGGCAUCUUUUGAUAAAUAUUUCGCCAAUUAAAUGAUAACAUUUUAGUGGCACAGAACAUUUUUUUGACAAUUAUCGAAUGACAACAUUUGACAUGACCAAAAUUUGUCAAAAUACCGUGCAACUUGACUGUAAUUCCAUUAACAAAUUUGUUUUUCCUGUCUUCCCCGUAUUUGUUUCGUCCCAAGUUAACUAAACAAACUGUGGAGUAGUCCGAUCGAUCUGAUCGUUUCUUACCCUUGCCAAGAGUCCUAUCUUCAACCUUGCGCACUAUAUAAAACAGAAACGUUAGAUGUCACACAAGGCGACGCAGCAAAGAGCACCUGUUCAAAUAUUGAAGUAUUUUAUAUGAUGAAAGCUUUAUAGUCCAUGUAGGAACGACUCUUGCUCUAAAUGUUCUAAUUGGUGUACAAUGAGUGAAGAGGCGAAGAAUGAUGCGUCAAGAAAGAGUGCAUCACAGUCUGUGGGGAUUGAUUGUGCUUCAGGCCCAGGGGCUGAGGCGAUCACACAGGAUGCCGCCACUACCAUUUCCCAAAUUGGACAGAUGACAACAAGUUCAGCGCCACCGUGCGAGAAUUCGAAAUGGAGCUGUGAGAUGUGUACUUACGAAAAUUUUCCUCUCUCACGAAAGUGUACAAUGUGUAGAUCACCGAAGCCACUACUGGGCGAAGACAUAUUCAGAUUACAGGACGGCGCCAGCGCUCUUCCAUCACAGGAAACGUGUGGAGCGGAAGCCGUAGCAGAUAGACUGAAACCCCUCAGGAUAUCAUCGCCUCAAGGUCACACUAGUGCCUCUACUCUUGUUAAAUGGUCAUGUCCUACGUGCACGUACGAGAAUUGGCCGAAGUCGAUAAAGUGUGCGAUGUGCGGCUACGGCAACCCUAAUCCGGCCCACUCGCCCCCGUGCGACCCCAGGCUCCCGAGACCCCCAGGUGUAAACGAAAUAUGUAACAAUCAAACCGCGUCUCUGCACGACGUAGACGGCAGCACGAGGAGAUCGAAGCGGCGCGCCAGCAACAUCGACUGGAUAUGGCUGCAGGCCUGUCUCGGCGUAGUGGAAGGUGAAUCUCGAAGGGUCGAGACAUAUCUGUCGAGUGGAGGCGAUCCGGCCCGGGCCCUCACUCACGCCGAAGUUCAACUUCUCAAUCGAGCUUCCGCCUUCGACGCUGGAUACACGCUCGUACACUUAGCGAUCAGAUUUCAAAGACAAGAAAUUUUAUCAACAUUACUGUCACGGAUAUCGGGCGGCGGACCCGGACUGAAACGAUCUCCCUCUUAUAUAGCGCCGGACCUGGCGUCAGCGAUACGUCGGCACAUAGCGGGGUGCUUAAGGCAGAAAAAAGGAAAUUUUCCAUGUCGAUACAUCAACGAGUUCUGUACCUUCUCGUUGCCUGCUGAUAUCGAAGAGUUACCGGCUGCGAUACAAGAGCAGCUAUUCUCCGAGUUACUGGACAGAGAAGCACAACAGACUUUAGAAGCGGAUCCUCCACUCAUAAACUGGAGCUUGGAGUUCACCGUUAACCUUGGGUCCCGGCUGUACGCCCUCUGGAACCGCUCGGCCGGCGACUGCCUGCCCGACGCCGUGUGCCAGGCCGCCUACGGGGUGUUCGACAGGAACAACGCGCUCCGGACCGCGCUGGCGGACUCGCUGCACCAAGCCCACAGGAGUUUCUACGAGCGUUGGCAGGCGUGGGAGCGAAUGCAGGCGUCGCUGUUACAUUACGCGCCCGAGGAGGGGCAGCUGAGGGCGGAGUGGAGCAGGAUAUUAGCGUCCGCCGCCCGACCCGGCACGCCGCUGCACCAGAUCCAUGUGUUCGUCCUCGCGCACGUGAUGCGUCGUCCGAUCAUCGUGUACGGGGUCAACGUUGUGAAUUCCUUCCGGGGGGAGGCCUUAGGAUUUGCACGGUUUCAAGGUAUAUACUUACCGCUACUGUGGGACCCCCAGUUUUGUUCUAAAUCGCCUUUAUGCCUCGGAUACACUCGCGGACAUUUCUCCGCGCUAGUGCCCAUAGAGCCUUAUUCGCAUAGGCAUACGUAUAUUUGUCGGGAACAACAAGAUGACAAUGAAGAUAUGAUAUACCUGCCGCUAACGGAUUCAGAAGGGAAAUUAUUGCCUGUACAUUUUCUGACUUGCGAUGAGAUGUCGGAAGCGGAGAGCGUGGUCCGUCGCUGGGUGGUGUGGCGCGAGACGUCGGGCGGGCUGGCGGCGGCGCGGAGGCCCUCGCUGGCGCCCUCGCUGCUGCAGGCACAGAUGCUGGAGGAGUGGCUCAACCACUACCGCAGGCUCGCACAACAAACGAGAGGUCCAUUUCCACCGCGACUCCAAGCCGCGGCAGCGGAAUACUCAAGCGAUCCCGAUACAGAUGAAGAAUGAUAUAAACACUCGCUAACAAUACACCAAAAUAAACACUACACGGUAAUUAAUAUACACCGUCAAACACACAACGUUGAUAAGCUUAAAAUUAGGAAGGAUUUAAAAAAAAAAAACUUGGCAACACCACGAAGCGCUCGGUGUUGCCAAUGAACAAAAUUCUAAAUUAAUAAUUGUGCUCAAUAACUAAGCAGCUUAUGAUUUUUCACUAUAACGAUUCCGAUUCUAUUAAUUAAUAUGAAUAGAAAAUGCGCUUGUUUAAAAAUAAUAAAGUACAAAAUGUAAUUGUCACGCAAUAUUACACUCUCGUACAUUGUGUAUGAGUAUUAAUUACAUUAGACAAUAAAGUUUUAAUGCCCUCUGAGUUCUCACCAAAUGUCGCUGAUCAUGAUCAAUCUAAGAACUGUUUUAUCAAUGAACAGCCAAAGUAGUAGUAUAUUGAUAGUUACAUCAAAAUGAAUUAUAGUAGUUAAAUAAUAAUAAUAAUAUUUUACAAAUAGCGUAGUAUUGUGAAUUUACAAUAUUACAUAGCUUCGCGUAGUGGGAGUUCGUUUUUUUUUUGGCUUUACUAAAGAAUCGACAUGCAGUUAAACAAUUGAUGCUCUUUUCAACAUAAAACACACUUAAACAAUUAAUUUUCAAUACACGAAAUGCCUUAUUUUUUUAUUCUUAAAAGUUCAAUUAAUUUUACGUACAUUCCAAAUCAAAAUCACGUUAUUUCAAAAUUUAAUACACCUAUUCUGAUUUAUUUACUAGAGACGCGAAUAGUUGAAGUGUGAAUUGUAAAGCCAAAAUCAAAGGAAAUAGUGCUCUUAUAAAAAACUGAUAAACGAAAAUACGUGUCUAGGGACGACAGAUAAAUUAGUAAACAUAUUUUUAUAUAUAUAUAAAUAAAUAAAAAAGAAAGAUAAAUGGCAGUGAGAGGUUGCUUUAGUGACGUCAUCUAUAGGUUUUGUAUGGCAGUUGAGAUAUUCGUUUUGAAGGGAUUGCAUUCAUACAAUUUGAAGGUUAUAGUUGUCGAAGUGACUAUAUUUAGUUUUAUAACACGAAUGCGUGAUCGAAUAAUGGCCCGCCUUACUGUUGAUCGAAUAGUUUUACCUGAUCUAAUAUCGAUAAAUAAUCGAUACGAAUCUCCAUUCAUAUCUAGCAGUCGUGACUUAUCAGAUAUCGCAGCAUCAGAAAAAUGAACUCUGAUUGCUUAUAAAGAAAUCUAUACUAAUAUUAUAAAGAGGAAAGAUUCGUUUGUUUGUUUGUAUUGAAUAGACUCCGAAACUACUGAACCGAUUAGAAAAAUUCUUUCACUAUUUGGAAGCUACACUAUUCCCGAGUGACAUAGGCUAUAAUCUUUUUUGAAACAAAUUAGGGGUACUUACUAAAACUCAAAUAAUGUAACCCGAGGUGUAAAAAAAAUACCUAGAAUAUUCUUUACAUCGCGUGUCCUGCGAAAACUAUUCAUGAUAGAAUAAAAUAAUGUACUACGGCUUUGUAGAACACAUUAUUAUUUACAAAAAGUGUCGCAACAGCAUAUGUCUAACUAUUAUACGUAUGCCGCAAAUGAGUUUUCUUUUAUUAAAAAAAAUAAAACAACGUCAAAUAUCGUUGAAAUUUUUGUUAAAAACCCGAACGGAGCCGGAGCGGGCCGCUAGUAGUGGAAUAAAGACAUUUCCGAACAUACACACAUAUUCUCUGAAAUUUAUUAGAUUUCCCUUUCAGUGGUUUGUUGUUAUCUUAAAACCUAACUAACUUUAACUAAAUUCAGUAAACAUUUUCUAUUACACGAACGACAUACCGUCUGAGACAUUGAUACUUUUUAGUUUAAAGUUUUGAUUUAAACAACCACAUGAUAAUCUUCACCUCUGUGCCCACAUACAAUACCUCUAGAUAUGAGUGGAGAUGAUUCAUGUAAUAAUAACUUUACUUAGUGUUGCUAGUGUUAAAAAAACCCAUGAAAUCUAAAAAGUUUUGGUGAAUCCGAUUAGUAAUUAAAAAAAAGCAAUAAUUAUAUUUCGAAAUGUAUAAAAAAUUAGUAUGAAUAAAAAAACAUAAGUGUAAAGGCUGAAUUAUUGUUGCUUCGUGUAGAUUUUUGAUUUGCUGUAGAUCGUACUAUUGAAUUGUUAUUUUGGGGUUUAUUUUAUUUUUGGGUGUGAAUUUUAUUUGAAAGUCGCUAAUGUUCGAUUGUGACAAAAUUAUUAUUGUGUAAAAAGGCUGCGCUGAUUCAUAGCUGGCAGGCGUUCGGAUUUUUUAAAUUGUACAAUGAAUGAGGCUAAAGUAUAUUUAUUUUUAUAUUGAAUGUUCAAUACAUUAAUUGUAAAAUCAAUGUGUAAAUUAUAAAUCAAAAUUAUGUAGAUAUUGUUAUUAAAAAAAAUGUGUGCGUGUACUAGUGUACACACGUAAGAAGUGAAACUUGUUUAUGGCCUUAUUUUUCGAAAAAUGAUCUACAUGCAACUUUCUAGAAAUUGGUUAAAUAAAGUUAAAUUAGAUAAAGUUUAAACAAAAGGAUUUUAUUAUCAUAGACAUGAAUACAAAUAAUACAAUUAUUUCACUUUACCUUUUUGCUACUAAGAUUAUUACAGCAUUUCAUUAAUUGUAAUAGAAUUAUUACUAUCAUUGUCAUUGUCAUUAUAUAUUUUUGUAAUUAAUGGCUUAUGGUAACUGAAAUAUGAAAUAUAUGGUUUACAUUCCACGAAAUUUAGUGACCGAGUAAAAACUCAAUCAAUUGUAGUGCCAGAUCUUGUUGUUGACGUUUGAGGACUGUUUUUCAUGGAUAAAUUCAAUUUAUCUUUCAGAAAUUCAACUAGCUUCAAAGAAUUUUCCGAUGCAAAAUUUACAUUAAAAUCUCCACUUAAAAUCAUCGGUAUUUUAUAAUUAUUGUUACCGAGUAAAGAGGCACCUUCACUUGUGUACGGCAACAAUGAAUGGUGAAGAAAAAGAUGGCGCGUAACGGAAAAAUGUGACGCGUAACCGAAAAAUGUGACGGUAAAUUUUUUUCCAACGCCGAUAAAGAAGUUUCACUUCAAAUAUAUUUUCGGAGUUGAAAAAAAAAUUAAUUGAACGGUCAUGAAGGUUAGUUAUGAAUCAGCACUUAAAUACAAAAAAAAAAUAUUUUUUUCCUUUGGUUGUAAAAUAGAAAAGUAUAAUUUUUCAAAUUAAUUGUUUUAUUAAAUUAAGAUGUAUUAUAGAAUAUGAUUAUGCUAUUAAUAUGUUUAGCGUGGUUUUUUUUUAGUUUUGACUUUAAUUCUGAUAGGAAGCCGUUUGUGAUUGUAUCAUCAUUCGAAUUUUCAAAAGAUUACAUUAACGCGAAAACAAAUCACUUUAGAAUAUAAAAAAUCAAUAUAAUUCUGGCACUUCGUAAUAUAACGGAAAGUAAUUGCUGUAUCUAUCCAAAAGUACGUAUUCGACGAACAUUCUAGCAAACCAAACGGAUUUGAAAAACACAAGCACUUUUAGUUAGUUAGAUCGCUCAGUAAUAACAAUGUUUUUUUUAUUACCUAGAGCAGCGGUCGGGGAACCGGGGUAAAUUACCCCAAAUGAGGUAAAAUGAAAAUUUGGGGGGUAAAUAUGAAACUUGUGAGUAAAAAGUAUAUGUUGAAGUGAAAUUUCUUUAGAAUCGUUGUGAUUUCAAACUCGAUGAAACGAAAUGAAACGAAACGAAAAAUUUUUUUUUUUUUUUUCAAAAUUAUCUUGUGUGCUAUAAUAUGAAUGAUGCUAAAAAGAAGCGAUUUCGUUAUUUUUUGUUCUUCGCCAUGGGGUAAUAUCAACUUACACAAAAAUAUUUUGGGGUAAUAAUUUAAAAAGUUCCCCGACCGCUGACCUAGAGGGAUGGACAAGCUCCCUACCUGCCUGCCGCAUAAAGAACACUUGACCACAUAGAUACCGGAAAUCUACCUUGAGACAUGACUUUAAAGUCUAGAACAAUCUAACCAAAGAGUAAACAGUUUUCUCAUAUCUGAUGAAUGGUGGCAUCAUAAUUGCCAUGGACAUAUACAGGGUGUUUAGAAAGUAAAGUUUCCAGAACCGAAACUGGAAUAUUCGGAAAUAUACUUAUUUAAAUAGGAAUGGAAAACAUUAGUUUAACGAAGUCAAGCAUCUCCGUAUGCUUUAGUAUGUUCAUUUAUUCUUAAAUCUCGAUACAACAUUAAGGCAAAACUGUAAACAAAUAUUCCCGAAAAAUACAGCUGAUAUUAAUAUAUUCUAGUCAUAUUGACGUUGCAAUUUUUAUUUUCUAAUGUUGUUCUGCCAGGUAUAACUGAUACUGCCUUCUUCGUUUUCGGGAAGUUCUAAUUCACCCUCUUUAAAGGGUGUCCUCUAAUUCGCCCCCUCUUUCACAUGUGUUAGAAGAUGCCUUAAUGUAUCGAAGCUAUCAGUAUAACCUUGGGAUCAUGGUUUAAAGUUGCACAUCUAGAGGCCUGUGCCAAAAGGGGUCAGAAUUGCGGGCCAAACUCUCAAAUUGUAUUUACUUUUAUUAAAACAAUGCUCUAAAAUAAAUACUCGAUGUGUUUUAGUAAUGUUAGAUGAUGCGUUCUGGUAAAGAUAAGUUGUCACUGCUGUUGGCGCGUACAUUAUUGCUCUUCUUCUUUCUUCUUCGUCGCUUUCUUCAUUGCUGAAGGUCGUGUCCCUGAAACUUGACCGUUGCCUGUCUCGUGAGCUGUUUCCAUCUCGUCCGGUCCUCAGCUGCUCGAAUUGCGGUUGCGACUGGCAACCCAGUUAGAGCGGUUACUUGAUCACACCAACGGCUAGGUACCUAAUCGGCCGCGGGGUCUCUUUCCUUCUACUUUGCCCGUCACAAUCACUUUGUCCAAGUUAUCUGACUGUCUAUAUUAUUAAUAAUCUUAUUACUACUUAUCCAUGAAUGUCAGUUUUAUAGUUUCAGGAACAAGUAAAUGUUUUUUUGUUAAUUUUACGUGUAAUUGGACUGUUUGUCAUAUUUGGGAAUACGUUUAUCGUUUGGCUAAAUACAGCAAUACUGUCGAUCGAAUACGUUGUACGGCUUAUAGCCAAAAAAAACCGUCAAGUAACAGCAACGAAAAAAAAUAGACACGGCCCUUCUAAAUUUUAAUGCUAGAGUAUUGUGAUCGGUGAAGCGCAAGACAAGACGUUCAUUAAAAAGGGUCGUUCAAAAAUAAACUUUCUGUGAAAACAAAUACGCGCUAUUGUAAAUAUUUAUGCCGCCGCCUUACUCUCAUUAGUAUUUAGCUGUUAACCAAUGGUGCAAUACGGAAUAUAGAAAUUUUGCUUUAGAGGAAAAGGAAUAACUCGCUUGGGAGUGAAUGGUAUGUUUGCUUCGUUCGAUUCAGUAAUGCAAACUGGAAGGAAUGAAAUUUUGAGGGCAACAAUAAAUGAACUAUUGAUCUUAUAGGUUAUAUUUUACUUUUUCUUUCAACAAGUUGUAAAUAUGUUCACCGGGUACGUUCGAUUCGAACGUGAUUAAAAGCGCAUCCGUUAAUUUCAUUGUGAACUCAUUUGAUUGAAAUUGUUUCUGUACCUUACUAAUUUUAAUCAAUAAAGCACUUAUUUUAUGAAAAUGUU